AUGAAGCGUAGUUCCUGUGUGGAUGGCACACGUAUCUCGCGGGUCAUGAGUAAAGAAACCUCGCGUACAUGCCGUUCGCGAUCUGCUGUGAGACAUAAUUUCCUCUCAGUGAAGGUUUCGGUCUCACGAAAUAGUACAUGCCGUUCGCGAUCAGAUAUAAGUAAUUUCACUAUUAUUAAAAAUAUCAAAUACGUGUUUCAGAAUAUACUGAGAAGUUUAUCAACUUCAAAGUUACUUUGCAGUGAUGAUCUAUUUGUUCAUAGAGACAACUCUGAUAAUAAUCCAAAUACGCCCUUUGAAUUCACUGAAGCCAAUUUGACUCGCUUGAAGGCUCUUAUCCAAAAUUAUCCUGAGGGAGCGCAAAGAUCAGCGCUAGGCGCAGCAUUGGAUAUUGUUCAAAGGCAAAUAGGUUGGAUCCCUAUAUCAGCUAUGCAUAAAGUAGCUGAAAUACUUUCAAUCCCACGGAUGAGGGUUUAUGAAUAUGCCACAUUCUAUACCAUGGCAAAGAGACGAUAUAGAGGUAAAUUUAAUAUUAAAGUUUGUGUAACAACGCCUUGUAUGAUUCGUGGAUCUGAUGAAAUUCUACAAGCAGUUGAAGAUGCCACAAAAUGUGUUGAAGGAGGUCUCUCAGCUGAUGGCAUGUUUGGAGUUGAUACAGUCCAGUGUCAAGGGGCUUGUGUUCAUGCUCCACUGCUAGUUGUCGACGAUGACUAUUUUGAAGACGUCACCAUCAAUGACGUUUAUAAAAUAAUUCAAACUCUUAGAUGCGGAGGAAUACCGCCGCCUGGACCUCAAAGCGGCAGGUACGCUGCUGAGCCAGCCUAUGGCCGGACAACUUUAUUGGAGCCUCCGCCAUCACCAGGAUAUGGACUACAAAAUGCGCUCUUACCAGAAACUCCACAACGUCCAUCUCCAAAAAAGAAAUAA